AUGUGCUUUAGAAGUUUAUUUAAAUAUUUACUCUUAGUAAAAUUAAUACUUGUAGUAUCUAGCGAAAAUCCUUUCCUAAUUGAUGCUGAAAAUCCCGAGCAAAUAACAAACAGCGCGGAAUGCGUCUUGAGUCUAUCUGCAAAAUACUUUGUCGAGAAGAAGGCUUUAAGUGGCAGCAUUAUCAUUGUCAGUGUAAAUUCUAAAGCGUCUGCAGCUGAAAAUUUUCUAUUAAAAACUAUGCAUGGCGGGAAAAACUAUAGUAUAAUGGUAAAAAAUGCAUUUAGAGAACAUGCAAACGCUUCUCACUUUCCAGAAAAAGCAAAAAACUAUCUAAUGAUACUCAAAAAGAAAUUCGAGUUGUUAAACCAUUUAAUUCAACUAAGUGGACUUCCCACGUGGAAUCCCCUAGCUAAAGCCAUAAUUUAUUAUAGACUGAAAUCAGGAGAAAAAGGCGCAGAUGUUGCCAAAGCAUUCAUAAAUGAACUUCGACAUUACAAGCUAUUAAAAAGCAUUGCGUUCAUAUAUUCCCCGGUAACAGACGAAGUCACAUCAUAUUCUUGGACCCCAUACGACAACCGAAAUUGCGCCGGUAAAUGUAAGUCAGUUUAUAUUUUAGAUAUUUGUAAGAAUAACAAUAUAAAACAAUUAGAAGUUCAAAGGGAGAUGUUUCCAUUAGACUUAAAAGGCUGCCCUUUAAUAACUUAUGCCAUUAUAUCUGAACCGUACGUGAUGCCGCCUGAAAGGAAAGUUACGAAUACAAUGUGGGACGAUGCUUAUGAAUUUCAAAAGGGUGGAGAGAUAAAUCUUGUAAAGAUUAUAAGUCAAUUCACAAACAUGAGCCUUAUUAUUCGUAUGUCAGAAAAAGUAGAAAAUUGGGGUGAGAUCUACUCUAAUGGUACAGCGAGCGAAGGGUAUGGUAUGUUAAUGAACAAUUCUAUAGACCUUCUUAUAGGCAAUAUUGAAGUUACAAGAAAAACUCGUAAGUUAUUUCAUCCGACUAUAAGCUAUACUCAAGAUGAAAUGACUUGGUGCGUACCAAAAGCUAGACAGGCUGUGACAUGGGAUAAUUUAAUUAUUAUAUUCCAAUGGACGACAUGGGUAGCAACGUUUGCAAGCGUCGUAAUUAUGGGAUUGAUUUUUCAUUAUUUAUAUUACCAAGAAAACAGAGAUACAAAAUGGCCGACUUAUACUAUAUUGAUGACAUUUUGCAUGCUGUUGGGUUGGGCUGCGAAAUUUGAUGCCAAAUCAUCGCAGUUCCGCAUACUAAUUUUCGGCUGGUUGUGCUUUGCUUUAAAUAUGGGGAUAACGUACGAAUCAUUUCUGAGAAGCUUUCUAAUGCAUCCAAGAUUCGAAAAGCAGAUAAGCAGUCAAUCGGAUCUUAUUGAGUCUGGAAUUCCUUUGGGUGGCAGGCAGAUUUACCGAUCCUAUUUUGAGACUAAUAAUGCUAGCUCGUAUUAUUUGUAUCGCAAAUAUAACAUCACUACGUUCGCUGAGGGUAUAAGACGAGCGGCUUUGGCCAGGAAUUUUGGUGUUGUUUCAUCGCGAAAGCAAGCCGAAUACAUGGAUCAGGAGUUAGGUAAAGGUGCGGGAUUGAUUUACUGCUUUCCAGAGAGCGAUAACCUAUACAAGUACGGUGUUGUUCUAUUAUUUAGAAAAUGGUUUCCAAUGUUAGCGAGGUUCAAUAAUAUUAUACGAAGCCUUUCGGAGAAUGGUCUGAUUGAUAAAUGGAAUGAAGAGUUGUUUAUUCACAGAAUCAGCUCCGAUGGUACGGGUACUAUAGUUCCGUUAAGUAUUCAGCAUUUGCUUGGAGCUUUUAUGCUGAUUGGUAUCUUGUACGGUGUAAGUGUUAUAGUUUUUAUAGCUGAACUACUUUUAGGUUUCACUAAGAACAAAAAUCGUGUACAAGAUUGUAAUAUGAGGCUGACG